AUGUCAGGAACAAAUUCCUCAAAUUCUAAACUGGAUUUCUCCAAAAAAAAACCAGUCGUACAACAUUACGAAAGCGAGGAGGGUGCUGGCCUUGGUUGUGAAGUCAAAGAGCAAGGUAUCCGGAUAUCGUCUCUCAAUUUGGAUCUGGCAAAGGGAAUGGAAAAUGGAGCGAAGAAUAAGGAAAUUGCUAAGAGAGUAAACUGGUAUACUACGAACUGGCCUCGGUAUGGCACGUUUGACAGAAGCAAUUAUGAAAAAUUUCGAGACCAGAAAAUCGAAGAAGGGAGUGCGAAGUUUGUCCCUAAUCCUUCUGAAGAGGAGACAAGGGAGGCUAUUAAAACAAUCUACUCCAAGUUCGGAUGGACCCAAGAAGAAGUAGAACAUGGACAAAAACUGUUCCAGAAAGAGCAGCUUCAGAUACCAGGUGCCGAAAAGUUAUUUACGCAGGCCGUUAUCGAGUUUAAAAAGACCCGAUUAUACCUCAGACUCCGAGAUCUAUUCCAAAAUGCUGAUACGAAAAACAUUAAGAAGAUUGUUGCAUUUGGAUUAACCGGGCUUACUUGGCUUCCAGGGCUUGAGCUCGGCUUGUUAAAAGCCCACAAACAACACGCAGCUCUUAUAGAGAUUAAGAAUAUACUUGAAAGCAAGUUGGGUAAAGGUUGCAAGAUAAAAACUUUUGCUCAAGAUCCUUGUUAUAAGGAAAACGACGUAAGGAUUCUCAAAAAAUACGACAUAACAGUAGUUAAGUGUACCAUCGGCCACACGAUUGGAUUCACAGAAAUUGAUGACACCACCCUGGUCAUUGAUUUCCACUGUGUAUUUCCACUGUAUGCUGUUAUUUUCGAAUAUACGAUGCCUGCAGCUAUCUUCGUGGAAAAGAAUCUAAAGAGACAGUUGGCAGUAGAGCCUACGAUUAGACAACCCGGAGAGACUGCAUUCCUUGAAAUCGAAGAUGGAGAUGGAAAAUUUAUUGUACCAAACCCAAAAUUCAUGGAGAAACCUACAAUCACUUUCAUUUUGGAGAAUUACAACGACACUCUUAUGGAAUUACAUGAUCUAGACUGUAAGGCUGCGGAAGGGCCUGAUGAGAAUCAAUAUAAUGGCAAAGAUGGAUGGACAAACAGAGGCGAUUUUCAGACAUACCUAGGAUACGAGCCAGCCCUCUACCUACUCAAAGACGAAGUCAGAAACCCACCACCCGCCAAGGAACAGUGA